CUGAGGCAAGACCACAGGUAACUAUUAAAUAUAGUGAAACUCAAAAAGAAGUAAUCUACCGAACGUAUAGCUCAGGACGGCAAGGUAUAAACGGUAAUCCCUUUCAAAUCUGUCCGCCGUUUCGUUUCAACGACCUUGAACGCGCUGACUGGAAGCGGGCAUUCCGUAUUUCAAUUGCCGUUGCACACUUUAGCUCUGUUGUUCCUUCGAAACUUGAUCUGUGGUCCUAAGUGCUGUAGUGAAAGUCAACAGCUAUAUAUAAUUUGUUGAUAAGGUCCAGAAAACAACAUGCGCCUAGUUUUUGUGAGUUAAGACGAAAUGUCAACUGAAGGUGCUUCAUGCUCAAGUGAAAUUUCAGUGAACGUAAGCGACGCGUUCCAACGUAUUAUGCUGAACAAGAGAUUCGGAAGCUGGAUUAAAAUGACCCAUACACACUAUGUUCACGCAGAAAGUAGAUUGUUGAAGGAUGUGAGAUAUAAAUACUUGUUCGUAGUGUUUCGUUGCACGUUUGGUCGUAAACGUAAAUCAGAAGGUCUGAAUGUGAAUAAAAAACCGUCUAAAUUUUUAAAUUGCCAAUCGAUGUUUCGCGUAAGAUUGGAGGGUCAACAAUACGUUAUAAAAUCUUACAACAUGUCUCACAACCAUCGGUGUACUAGUUCGUGGAUGGUUUGUGAUCCGUUGAGUAAACGAUUGUCAUCAGAAGAAAAAGAAAACUUGAAACCAGUUAUAUUGCACUGUCAGUCGACGGACGAAGUUAUCGAAAGUAUUAAGGAAAGAACAGGUAAGCAGGUGACCGCUGCUGAUGUAAAAAAUAUGAAAGCUGAACUCUCCACUGGUUGGACUCGGAAGCAGGUAUUGCAGAUGAUGCGACAAAACGGUGAAGUUAGAGAGCAUGCAGAAAAUGGAUGUAUUACGGCGAUAUGCUUCAGCAGUUAUGAUCAGAUACGGCUGUACAGUCAAUAUCCCGAAGUCGUGUGUAUUGAUUCUACUUAUAAAACUAAUAAUAAAAAAUAUUCAUUAUUCCAGUUAGUGGUGACAGACAAUUGGGGCCGAGGUCGAACUGUUAUGUUUGCAUGGACACAAAAAGAAAAGCGUGCCGAUGUUACGUGGGUUUUGGAUAAAUUCAAGGAGAUAAUGGGUAACACGACCAAAACAGAAACAUUUGUGAUGGAUUUCGCACGAUCUGAAAGCGCGGCUGUCCGUAUAACGCACGGGCAUGCAAACAUUAUUUUGUGCGCCUUUCAUUACGAAGUGGAUGUAAGUAUUUGUGAAUGCAAUUGUAGCACGUUUAAUAUGUGUCGAUAUCCGUGCCGCCAUCUCCUGCUGGCAUAUAUUAAAAGACGAAGUCUAACAGCUCAUCAACUUCUUAGGUGUUGCUGCAGAUGGAAAUUAGACAAUACGCACAAUUUACAAAACAACACAGGAAUUUCAUUACCGAGACGGAGUAAAGAAUAUAUACAACUUCAACGGCUCCAAAGAAUGUGCAAACAACAAAUUGUUGAGAAAUAUGGUGAACGCUUCGCGAAUCAGGUGGAGAGAAAAGUCUACAAUUUUUACUUAAGAAUUAUAAACAGCUAGACAGCAGGUUUACGAUUAACAGUUCUUUGUGGC